GGCAGUGGUGACAGCCGCGGGGAGGGGGCGGGAGGAAAGAGGCGGCUGGCUCUGGCUCCGCGCUCAGCUCUGCUCUGCCUCAGGCUCUGCGCUCACCUACUGCCCAAGCCUCCCUUCCGCUCCUGCCCCGGGACCCCUGGGUGGGCUCUAGACCCCUCCCGGUCCCCAGACUCAAUCCUAGCCCAGACUCUCCUGGCCCCCAGCCCCUUCGCCGCCAGGGGGCGCUUGUGAGCGCCCUAUCCCAGCCACCCGGCGCCCCCUCCCACAGCCCAGGCGGGACGGGAGGGGGUCGCCGGGGGCCAUGCGGGGCCAGGGUCGCAAGGAGAGUUUGUCCGAUUCCCGAGACCUGGACGGAUCCUAUGACCAGCUCACUGGCCACCCUCCAGGGCCUACUAAAAAAGCGCUGAAGCAGCGGUUCCUCCAGCUGCUGCCAUGCUGCGGGCCCCAAGCCCUGCCCUCAGUCAGUGAAAUUGGCCGGGUCUUCAGCUUUCUCGGUGACAGUUCGCUCCCUUCAGCAUUAGCUGCCCCAGCCUCCCUACGCCCCCACAGACCCCGCCCGCUGGACCCAGACAGCGUGGAGGAUGACUUUGAACUGUCCACCGUGUGUCACCGGCCCGAGGGUCUGGAGCAGCUGCAAGAGCAAACCAAGUUCACUCGCAAAGAAUUGCAGGUCCUGUACCGAGGCUUCAAGAACGAAUGUCCCAGCGGAAUUGUCAGUGAGGAGAACUUCAAGCAGAUUUACUCCCAGUUCUUUCCUCAAGGAGACUCUAGCACAUAUGCCACUUUUCUCUUCAAUGCCUUUGACACCAACCAUGAUGGCUCAGUCAAUUUUGAGGACUUUGUGGCUGGUUUGUCAGUGAUUCUUCGGGGAACCAUAGAUGACAGGCUGAACUGGGCCUUCAACCUGUAUGACCUCAACAAGGACGGCUGCAUCACCAAGGAGGAAAUGCUUGAUAUCAUGAAGUCCAUCUAUGACAUGAUGGGCAAGUAUACGUAUCCUGCACUCCGAGAGGAGGCCCCAAGGGAACAUGUGGAGAGCUUCUUCCAGAAGAUGGACAGGAAUAAGGAUGGCGUGGUGACCAUUGAGGAAUUCAUUGAAUCUUGUCAAAAGGUACAGGUCCCCACCCUCCACAUUUCCCUGGUCUGGAUUCAGGGCCUAACUCAAUGAUAUAGGAGAAGGCUCCUUAACUCACCCCCACUCCCAAUCCUGUUCCUUCACAACUGGGGGAGGCCUGCCAUUCUUCACCUCUGGUCUCUCUGGGUGUCUCCUUCCUCGUUGCCUCUCUGUGUUUCUCCCUGCCUCUGACAAGCUCUUUUUCUUUCUUUCUCCAAUCUGCCUCUCUCACACCAUGGCUACAGGAUGAGAACAUCAUGAGGUCCAUGCAGCUCUUUGACAAUGUCAUCUAGCUCACCAGGAGAGGGGAUCAGUUGUCCUGGGGGGGCCAUGCUCUAGCCCUAGUCCAGUUGGACCUCAUCUUUCUCUUCCUAGCUCUCUCCUCACCCUAGACCUGCCCUAGGGCCUGUAGGAAUCCAAGAGCCUGGGGAUUCAGUGGUUCAGAUCAUUGGAGCCGAAGGAACCAGGGAGUAGGCAGAGUGUAUCAGCUGGUAUUCCCAAUUCCCAACAGCUCCCACUCCCUCCCUGACCGUGCUGAGGAUGCCCCUGCUGAAGGAAUUAAGUGGUUCUCCACCUCCAAUCCCCACUCUAGAAACCACAACACUAGACAAAAUUUCUCCUGUUAUGGUGCUUCUCCCAUCCCUGAUAUCAUAAACAUUUUCCUUCUCAGACAGGUUGCUCUGUCCCUGGCACUGAUUGGCCUUUCAGACCAGGGCCUCAGAGAGCUCCCUAGGAGAGGGACAAGGGAGAACUCUCAGGCUUCAGGCAAUGGUUAAGUCCUAGGAAGUAGCUGGAGUGUAAAGCAGAAAGGCCUAGAGAUGGUGAGAGCUAAGGCUAUGACUCUGAGCUCCACAGGUCUGCCACCAGAAUAUGAGUUUCCAGGCUCUUUAGAAGACCUUGGCUCCCUAGAAACACCCCAGAAAUUUUCCAUACCAUGUUCAGUAUGCCAAGAGAUUCUGGGAUCGUGAAGUCUGGCUCAUCCCUAGCAUUUUUCUCUCUCCUUCCUUCCUGUUUGUAUGGUGGCAGCAGAAGAAUAUGGCUGGGAGAUAUCCUGGCUAAUUCCUGCCAAAGGUUCAGCCUACCAGUAUGGAGUGAGUUAGGGACCACCCAGUGGAUGCAUUAGAAGAAAAGGGAAGGAGGGAGGCAGGCAUAGCAUCUACACCCAAUGUGGGGGGCAUUCAUUAGAAUCUUUGAUCUACCCAGGCUUUAGUUCAACCCCCCAGGUAGCCCCCCCAAUUCCCAUCUAGUGUCGCCUCUUGCUCUAUUAAAUCUACCCAGAGAUGCCCCUGAACACACCUAGAAGUCAGGAAUCAUAGGAACCAGGUCCCAUAUCAUCAACAGCAUCCCUGCCAUGCUGCCACUCCUUAAUAUACCUGCUUGUCCCAUUAGCUAGGAUCAAGGGGAAGGGCCCCUGGGAAGCUCCCUUUCCCAUCAGAACACUGUUGACUGCUUUGCAUUUUUGGCUCCUCUGUAUAUUUUGUAAAAUAAGAAAUACACCAGAUCCAAUAAAAACACAAUGGCUAUGCACAGG